AUGACAUUCCAACCCUUCCAUUUAGUAGAUAAAAGACCAUGACCUUUAACAGGUUCAAUUGCAGCAUUAUCAUUUAUAGUUGGUAUGAUUAAUAUAAUACAUUUUAAAAAUUUUUUGCUUAUUCAAUUAGCAACUUUAAUUACUAUUCUAACUAUAAUUCAAUGAUGACGAGAUAUUUGUCGAGAAGCAUCAUUUCAAGGAAAUCAUAACUCAAUUGUGUUACUUAAUAUAAAAUGAGGAAUAAUACUAUUCAUUAUUUCUGAAGUUUUUUUCUUUGUUUCAUUUUUCUGGUCAUUCUUCCAUAGAAGUCUUUCUCCAAAUAUUGAAAUUGGUUCAAUGUGGCCUCCACAAGGAAUUAUUCCCUUUAACCCAUUUAGAAUCCCAUUGUUAAAUACAACAAUCUUACUCUCCUCAGGAAUUUCUGUUACUUGAGCACAUCACAGACUUCUAAUAAAAAAUUAUAACGAAAGUCAAAACGCACUAUUAAUAACUAUUAUUUUAGGAAUCUUAUUCACAUCUCUUCAAUCAUGAGAAUACAUCCAAGCUCCAUUUUCAAUUUCAGAUUCUGUUUAUGGAUCUACAUUUUUUAUAGCAACUGGUUUUCAUGGAAUCCAUGUAUUAAUUGGGACCACCUUUUUAUCAAUUUCAUCUUUACGAAUUUAUCUAAGCCACUUUUCUGAUAAACAUCACUUUGGAUUUGAAGCUGCUGCUUGAUACUGACAUUUUGUAGACGUUGUUUGGUUAUUCCUUUAUACAUUUGUAUAUUGAUGAACAUUCUA